CGCAUUACUGGCCGAUAAUCUAUCAUGAUGACGAAUGUCCACAACUGGUCUUUGAAGCACUCUCUGCUGCUUUCUUCGGUCCUUCUUUGCCAUUUCGGCACUGUGCAAGCCGAUAACCCUAUAGUCCAAACCUCCUACACUGCGGAUCCUGCUCCUCUUAUUGUGGAAGACCGAGUUUAUCUCUUCACUGGCCACGACGAGGAUGGCUCAACAAAUUUCGACAUGAGAGAGUGGCUUCUCUUCUCCUCGGCGGACAUGGUCAACUGGCAACAUCAUGGCAGCCCCAUGAAUAUCAGCACGUUUUCUUGGGCCAGCGCCAAUGCCUGGGCCGGCCAGGUUAUCGGCCGGAAUGGGAAGUACUACUUCUAUGUUCCGGUGACCAAUCGCGACGGCCUCAUGUCCAUCGGCGUUGGUGUUAGCGACAGUGUCACUGGCCCUUUUGUCGAUGCUAUUGGUGGCCCUCUUCUCGCCAACGGCCAAAUCGACCCCACCGUAUUCAUUGACGAUGACGGGCAAGCCUACCUGUUCUGGGGCAACCCGAACCUGUGGUAUGUCAAGCUCAACGAAGACAUGAUCUCGUACAGCGGCGAAAUCACAAAGGUCGAGCUGACGGUUGACGGUUUCGGCGCCAUGAUCUUUACUUCAGCUUUACUGGAGAGGGAACCGAUUAUCUGUUGAACUUUGACUGGUGGCAAUUCGAGUAACAGAGCCGAACACCGCUAUCUCACCUACUUACCUACCAUGAAUUCAGAUUGAUCA